AUGUCUCCAUUAGCACCGAGGGAGAAGAAUCGAGCGAGUACGAGUCAAGAAUCACGAGUGAGCCCUCAAGAUUCCUCUUUUUUGCGAUCCAAGGAAACAGAGAAAAAGAGUCAGACGAGUAUGAGCCAAGAAGCAGAGGAGACCCUUGUUCCUCCGGUUAACGUCACAGAUGAAGAAGUCUUGAAGCGAUAUGAAUCGUACAGGGAUAACCCAGGUUACUACGACGGUGAUAACAUCCUUAUCUACACUACAAACAUGUUGAGUCCUUCUAGUGGCUUGUUCGAAGAUUCCUCUUUCUUGCGAUCCAUGGAAACAGAGAAAAAGAGUCAGACGUGUAUGAGCCAAGAACCAGAGGAAACCCUUGUUCCUCCGAUUGUUCCUACACCUAUUGUCAACGACGCACCUCAAAUGAUCCCUGCACCUACUGUCAACGACGCACCUCAACGGACCAUCACGAAGAAACGGGUUAAGACCGAUAUUAACCCUAAUUACAACAGCCUUAUUCUGCAAGAAAGCUCCGUUGAUGAGCACAUUCGAAGACAUAUGAUCCCUGCACCUACUGUCAACGACGCACCUCAAAUGAUCCCUACACCUCCUGUAAACGACGCACCUCAAAUGAUCCCUUCACCUCCUGUCAACGAUGCACCUCAAAUGAUCCCUUCACCUACUGUCAACGACGCACCUCAACGGACCAUCACGAAGAAACGGGUUAAGACCGAUAUCAACCCUAAUUACAACAGCCUUAUUCUGCAAGAAAGCUCCGUUGAUGAGCACAUUCGAAGACAUAUGAUCCCUGCACCUACUGUCGACGACGCACCUCAAAUGAUCCCUGCACCUACUGACAACGAGGCACCUCAAAUGAUCCCUGCACCUACUGUCAACGACGCACCUCAACGGACCAUCACGAAGAAACGGGUUAAGACCGAUAUCAACCCUAAUUACAACAGCCUUAUUCUGCAAGAAAGCUCCGUUGAUGAACACAUUGGAAGACAUAUGAUCCCUGCACCUACUGUCAACGACGCACCUCAAUGGACCAUCACGAAGAAACUGGUUAAGGCCGAUAUUUACCCGCCUAGCCACAACACGCUUCUUCUGCAAGAAAGGUCCGUUGAUGAGCACAUUCGAAGACAUAUGCCUGUAGCAGAAUUCCAAAGGAUAGUAAGAGAUUCCGGAGUCGUUGUAGACGUAUAUGACUAUGACUUGAGAACAAUGCAUAAGCUGCGCCUGUGUCUGGGAAACGGUAGAAACUAUGUUCUAACGGGUGGCUGGUUGAGAGAUUUUAUCCAAAGGAGAAGCUUGAGGACAAAUGACGAGAUUGGAUUUUUAUGGGAUUCUUCUGCUUCUAGGCUUGUAUUUGGCGUCAUUUCUCGUGCACAAAGGAAACCAAGGCGUAAGAGUUCCAAUAAAAAACAUAUAUAA